AUGGAAAAAAUUCAGGUACUAGUGUCAACAGAGAAUCUAAAAGAAGGUGUGAAAAGAAGAGCGACUAUUCAUGCACUUUCAAGUUAUCUUAGAAAUUUUUUUGAUAUAGAAGGAUGCAUGAGAAUUUCAACGGCUUAUUGUUCUAUUCUAAUGAGGAAACUUUGUCUAGAAUAUCUUGAAGAAUUUAAUGAAAUGGGAAAAAUCUAUGGAGGCAUUUUGGAAGCUACAAGUAUAAAAGUGAAAAAAGAGUGUAAAGAAUUGAAUGUUACUAUUCCAUCUAAAGAUAUUCCACUACAAGAACUAUCUGAUGAACAUAGUGAUGAUAUAUCAUUUAUUAAUUCAGAAAAGAAAAUAUAUACAGGAACAGGUACUGUUAUUACUCAUCUUGUAGUGACUGUUACUAACCAACAAAGUCACCUGAUUCAGAUAAAUGAUCCAGAUGAACCAGAUAAAUCGCUAAAGCCAGAAGAGUCAGAUGGAUUGGAAAAGUCAAAUGAGUCAGAUGAGUCACUUAAACUAGUAGAACUAUCUGAAUCAGAAGAGUUGAGUUAA